CAGAAAACCUCUCCUCCCGAGGCUGUUGCCACACCCACCCUGCCCCCCACCUGCUUCUGGGAAUGCUCCUUUCCUGACUGGAUGUAGGCUUUUUUCCUUGUCUACCACUAGAUGGGGCAGUGUCUGAAAGUUUGGUUAUUCUGCUUGCUCUCCGGGUUUUCCAGUCACUGGGAAUACGGACGUGAGCAUCCUUGUUCUGUGGAGACUUCUCUCCCAAGAUGCAUUCCGGGCCUGGCCAGCUGUCCUCCCACAGUGUUCUCUGGUACCUUACAGGAGCCAGACCCCAGAACCUGCUCCUGUCCUCCUGACUGCGGGGAACCACUGGCCCUCUAGUCCUCUUCCCAGGCUGGCCGUCUUCCCAAGUCUACCUUCACCACAUCCCACCAUGAGCCCAGGCUCCUCCAUGUCCUCCUCCUCAUGUGCUCAUAGGCUAGGGCUAUGUGCAACUAUGCAAGGCAGGCCACAGAUCAGGAAGGCAAAGGACGAAUGGAUCCACUGAAAAUGGGGCAAAGAAUGCACCAGAGCCACAGAGGAGGAAAUGCCUGGCCAGUCACCACAUGAGGGGCCCAGCCUCCCUCAACCCCAGGAAUGUCAAGAACAGGGGAGGGGCCGCUUCAUGACUUCACUGGCAAAUGUGGGCUGAAGAUCUGGGGAGUGGACAAGCAUGCUGGAGGACACUCACACUGCUAGGGGAACCAGACCGGAGCGCCCACCUGGGAGAGCAGCCUGGCAGUGACCAGGGAGGUUGAGGACUGCCGUAUCCCCCACCACCCAGCUGGCCCUCUCCUUGGAGUGCACUCGAGAAAAACCAGGCACGGUGCACCAGGAGACAUGUGAACAGGUUCCCUUGCAAAUAUUCAGAAAUGCCCAGUCUACAUGGGACUAGACAUAUAAAUACAUCUCAUCUAAAAUGAAGAAUUAGAUCUGCAUGCAUCAGUGUGGAUAAAUCUUGACAACAUAAUCUUUUUUUUAUUGAGGUCCCUGCCUCUCCCUAUCUUGGAUCCUUCUCUCCACUGGUCAGGACUAUCCACAUGGCUGGGGCACGUGGCACCAGGUGAAGGACAGUUUUGUGCCUCAGUUUCCUCCCCACUCUGAACCGGAAUAACAGGCAUCCCUGCAACCUGCUCAGCACCCCGUGCCCAUGACCAGGGGCCGCCUGAAGUUCACCGGGACUUCACUGGGGCAAAAGCUGGCCAAGGGUACGCUGCAGGGACAGGAGCCAGCUGCUGGGAGAUCACCCAGAGAGGGUAGGGGUUCCACGACAAAGUCAGUCCUCCUAUAAAGCACCAGUUCCGGUUAUGAUGCUCUGAGUUACACUAAGGCUGAACAUUUGUGGUCUAUGGAUCUGCUCUGACUCUUAGAGCCUGCUUAUGGGGGAAGAUCAAACUGAAUUGAGUAGGGCCCUGUUUCUGCCAUUGCACCCCAGCGUGUGCCAGCCCACAGGACUGUAAAGAGGGCAACAGGACUUGAAGAAGUGACUUGGCCUUCAGGUUUGUGUGAGGCAGUGCUUUGGUCUCCUUCAUUCUUGGCUUGUAAGAGCACCAGCCAUGCGGGCCCUGGGAGAACAGGUCUGACCAAGGACUGUGGAGUGCUUGCUCUGUGAUCCACAGAGAAGGAGCUGUUGUCAAAGGCACCAGUGGCCUGUGCUCUCCCAGCUCAGUGUUCCCUUCCUUGACCUAGACUCAGAAACAACAACCAUUAUACAACUGGGGUACACAGACAUUAAAAUUAUUAUUAUAACUGAAAAUCACAUGUUCAAGAAGCAAGAGGAAAGACUGAGCACAUGGAAGAUACAAAAAAAGACCCUGCUCAAAUUUCUAGAGAUGAAAACAACAAUGUCUGACAUGAAGAAUCUACUGGAUGAGAUUAACCACAGAUUGGGCAUUGCAGAAUAACAGUAAACUUAAGGACAGAAAUAGAGCCUAUCAAAAUGAAACACGGAGACAAAAGGCAGAAAAAAAUGAGCAGAGCAUCAGCAAGCUGUGGCACAACUUCGAGCAGUCAAGAGAUGUGUGUUUGGAGGCCUGAAAGUGGGGGAGUAGCAGGGACAGGAAAUAAAUUUGAAAAAGCAAUGACUGCAAUUGUCCAAAUUUUAUGAAAGCUCUCUGGCCACAGAUCCAAGAAGCUCAGUGAAGCCCCAAGCACAAAAAACAUGCAUGUAGCUACAAGGCACAUCAUAGUUAAACUGCUCAAAACUACUGAUUAAGAGAAAAAUCUUUAAGAAUCCUAGGGAAGAAGACAUAUUGCAGAUAGAGGAACAAAGAUGAGAAUGCAGCAGACUUGUCUUUGGAGACAGUGCUCAUGAGGGAGGAGGAGCAGCAUCUCCCCAGAACUGAAAGAAAACACUGUCAGCCUGGAACUCUAUGCCAGGCGGAAUAGCCUUAAAGACUGAAGGUGAAAUAAAGACUGAUGCACAAAAGCUGAGAGAAUUCAUCACCAGCAGACCUGCUCUACAAAAAUAUCAUGGGAAUUUAUUCAGGUAGAAGAAAAGUGAUGCAGGUGGAAAUCUGAAUCUACACAAAGGAAUGAAGAGCUACAUGAGUGACACCAUCUGGGCCCCAUCUGUCCUUCCUCACGGCACCCUCAGCACCUUAAGCCACCACCUCCAGCCACAUUUUGGGAGAAAGAUGGAGUCCAAGGUCUCAGAAGGUGGCCUGAACGUGACCCUGACAAUUCGCCUGCUGAUGCAUGGAAAGGAAGUUGGAAGCAUCAUCGGGAAGAAAGGAGAAACUGUGAAAAAGAUGCGUGAAGAGAGUGGUGCAAGGAUCAACAUCUCAGAGGGAAACUGCCCAGAAAGAAUUGUGACCAUCACAGGCCCAACGGAUGCCAUCUUCAAGGCCUUUGCCAUGAUCGCCUACAAGUUUGAGGAGGACAUCAUUAACUCCAUGAGCAACAGCCCUGCCACCAGCAAGCCCCCAGUGACGCUGAGGUUGGUGGUCCCCGCUAGCCAGUGCGGGUCCCUGAUUGGCAAAGGCGGCUCCAAGAUCAAGGAGAUCAGGGAGUCCACAGGUGCCCAGGUCCAGGUGGCUGGGGACAUGCUGCCCAACUCCACAGAGCGAGCAGUGACCAUCUCGGGGACCCCCGACGCCAUCAUCCAGUGUGUCAAGCAGAUCUGUGUGGUCAUGCUGGAGUCCCCACCGAAAGGUGCCACCAUUCCCUACCGCCCAAAGCCCGCCUCCACCCCUGUCAUUUUUGCAGGUGGUCAGGUAAGAGCCGACCCGCUCGCGGCCUCCACUGCCAACCUCAGCCUUUUACUGCAGCCCCCGCCGCUGCCCGCCUACACGAUCCAGGGCCAGUACGCCAUCCCCCACCCAGAGCAGUUGACCAAGCUCCACCAGUUGGCCAUGCAGCAAACCCCCUUUCCUCCCCUCGGACAGACCAACCCCGCUUUCCCCGGAGAAAAGCUGCCUUUACACUCCUCCGAAGAAGCUCAAAAUCUGAUGGGCCAGUCGUCAGGUCUGGACGCCAGCCCCCCGGCCAGCACUCACGAGCUCACCAUUCCCAAUGAUCUAAUAGGCUGCAUAAUUGGACGCCAAGGGACCAAAAUCAAUGAAAUUCGACAGAUGUCUGGAGCCCAGAUCAAAAUCGCCAAUGCCACAGAGGGGUCGUCAGAGCGCCAGAUCACCAUCACAGGGACCCCAGCCAACAUCAGCCUUGCCCAGUACCUCAUCAAUGCCAGGCUGACGUCUGAGGUCACUGGGAUGGGCGCGCUCUAAUCCUACCCAGCGUCCCCCAGGUCUGCGAACCCGCACCUCCACCCGGCUCGCACACUCUGUACAGACCACCUACCCUUCGUCCAAAUAUAAAUAGAGGUUUUCUUUACUAACAGAAAUAUCUAUGCCCUAGAGAUCUGCACAUACCAACAAAGCCCGUUGAUAUCCAUCUCUGUGUGAGGUCCAGGCUCUGUCUCCGAUUCUGCUCUGUACAUUAAUUUAGGCUCCGCUCUGUUGAUGCAUUGGCAUGCAGUGUUAAUUAUUUUAAACGUUGGGGGCAUUCCCAUCUGUGACAUUCUAGAAACAUUUUUCCUUAGUGUCAGUAUACCUGUUUAAGAGUUGGUUUGGUGUUUUGACAGCACUUCCUCAGCGUCCUCUCCUAAGCCAUCUAGAACCAUGGUUGCUUUGAGUUGCCCCCCACCACACCAGCCCCACCUGCUGACCAUGUCCCCUCACAGCCUGUGCUGAUCUUGGCUUACAUGUCCAUGCAAGUCUUGUGCAGUCAGGGGGCGCCUUUCCCCUUGUUCCCAGGGGAGGAGAAUAGAGGAUGCGCAGUCCUGACCCAAGGUGCAGGGUGAAGUGGGAGUGCUGGGACCCUGACUUCACGGGGAUGUCACGUGCUGGGGAGGCAUAUGUGGCCCUCGAGGGGCUUCCAGGGGGGCUGGAGAGCGUGGACUGGCCAGGAAGCACCUCUACACCUUGUCGGAGUUCAAUAAAUGUCGUGCUCUGCCCCCCACUG